AUGAACGAAAAUGAAGAUCCAUUUGGCAUGAUAUGUCGAGCGUGUAUGAGUAAAGAUCAAAUAUUUCAUUCAAUUUUAGAAAGUGUAGAUGGUAACAAAUUGCGGAUUUUUGAGAUGCUUGGAACGACGACACCCCAAAUAUUUAUUCAGAUUAAUGCUGCAGAUAAACUACCAAAGAUUAUUUGUAACACGUGUUUAAAUAAACUAAAUAUAACAUAUAAUUUUCAACAAAUGGUGAUAACUUCGGAGAAGCGUAUGCGAUCUCUGCUUUAUGUCGAGCCGAAUGCAGGCUUACAAAAAAUGCAUUCAUUGGAAGACCCUCUAGUUGAAAAAGAAUUAUUUCACGUAUCAAACAAUUCACUAAAGCAGGGAAUUAUAAGCGAAGAUAAUUAUUUCGAGUUCUCAAAUUUCAUUAAAAAGGAGGAAGUGUCAGAAGGAAGUCAUGAUUUAACAAAUUUCGUAUCUGAAUGGACUCACCAAAGACCUGAUGAACGUAAUAGACGUAACGCACAACAUCCUUGCUUAGAAUGUGGUAAGAUUUUCGACCGUCCAUAUCGCGUUAGGCGUCAUAUGGCAGUUCAUUCAAAGGAACGUCAAUUCGAGUGUAAAAUAUGCAAAUAUCGAUUUUCAAAAGAAAUUCAAUUAACAGCGCAUAUUAUAUCACACAGCGAUAAUUUGGAAUCAAGAAAACGUAGAUCGCCGGAAGGAUAUAAGUGUCAAGAUUGUCCACGCCGAUUUGAAAAACAUGAAUCACUUUCGGCCCACCGGCAAUGUCAUAAGAAGAUCGAAGAAACUGAUAAAAUGUUUCAAUGUGAUUGGGUUGACUGGAAAUAA